AAAUAAAUUCCAGUACAGGAUUUUUUCUCAGGUAUAUAACACUAGCGAUCCAGAAAUUAAAAUGAAGUCAUAUGUUGUACAUCAGUGUUAAAGAAGGGACACAGCUAUGAAAAUAUUAAAAGACAUUUACAGGCAUAGUCAGUUUCAUGCAUUAAUCUACUAUACAGUCUGAUAUCACAAAUUAAGCUUUUAUUGAGUCAUUUUUAUUGUGAGAGUGUUGAUACAAUAUAAAUUACAGAUGUAAAAGGUUGUUUAGAAUAAAAAUGGAUACAUGUCUAAUAUCAUUUCUUUCUUUUGUUUUCCAAAAAGAAGCAUGAAGGAUGAAUUGCUUUCUAAUGCCAGCACUAUACAAAACAUUCCCUGUAGACAGCUGUAGUUGUGUCACAUUUUAAAAUUCUUCAGUAGUAAAUAAGAACAUGGUUAUCAGCAAGAAUAUGAUAAUUUGUUAUAAUCAGCAGCAAUUCAAGUUUUCUUGAAUGUUUAAGUUUGAAACAUAGAAGUUGUUUGUUUUUCUAGGCUCAAUUUUAUUAUGCUGAAAUUUCAGAUAGUGACAGUUCACUGAAACAUGAGUUCAGUUGCCAAAUAUAGAUGAGAAGGACAGGAAUUACAGUCAGAGAAGACAGAUGUAAGUCAGGGGCCACGGUUAUCUCAAUACUUACUGUGGAUCAAGCUUUCUUGAAUGAAUAACUAAAGCAGCUCAAACUUCCUGUUUUCUUAGAAAAAAAGGCUGAAGAGUUCCAUUAUCCUACAUGAAAAUUCUUCAGAAUUUUUCCUGACGAUUUAAAAGCAUGCAGGACAGAAGUUGUGAGCAGCCUGUCCCUCUCUCUGUAAUUAUGAAAGAGCCUCAUCGUUUUGAGAAAAGCCCUUAUGUUGGAAACUAUGAAAACAAUUCUGAGGAUUCAUUACGUUAUGAACUCUUUUAUGAUUCCCUAUCAGAUAUACAAGAUGGGGACUUUUCAAAUGAAUUAUCUGCCUUUCUUAAUCAAGAUGAGAUAAACAAAAGCCUUGAACUUGCUCAUCAAUCCAUUAAUUCUGUUGAAGAAAAGCAAGAGUACCCUUACUUGAACACUUCUUCAAACUCAGCAGAAAAUGCUUCUUCUGGACAAGCCAAAGCACAUGACAGUUAUCCUUCCAAGAGAAAUUGCGCAACCAGCUCCACCUCCUUGUGGCUUUCAUCUCAAACUCCCACAGAGCAGCAGGGUCAGAAUGCAUACUCUCAUGGAAAAAGUGAUAUUUUAAAUGUUACUGGUAAACAAGCAAGUGCUUUUCCCCUGCUGCCUGCAAGACCCAGCUUUAUCCGAAGUCUCAAAAAUGCUGAAAGGCAUAGUUUAAAUGCCCCAAAGGGGAACCCUAAAUCUAAAUCAGUUUUGGCAAGUAAUGUCCCCUUGAAGAAUAAGCUAUGUGAUAAAGCUUCCACUUUGAUUGAAGAACUGUCUUCUAUUUUUCACGAAGCAGCCAAGAUGAGAGUUGAGAGUCCAAAUGGAAAUUCUUCAUCUCCUGAUAGUGGAUAUCUUUCUCCUAAGAGCAAGCAAUUAGCUUUGUCAAAUUCUUUAAGGAAUUCAGUACUUGAAACAAGUUUAGAAAUCACACUAAAAAAUGAGAUCCCUAAAAAUGAGAUCCCAGAAGUCACUCAGGUUAAAGAAUGUGUGCUCCAAAGAAAAGAAGGGUCUCAGAUGGGUGAGACUGUCUCUCAAAAUGAAGUUGCAAGAGAAAGUCAGAAUCAGUUAUCUCCCCCUCAAUUUAUCCAUAAACUGAGGAGUCAAGAAAUUCUUGAAGGAAGCAAGGUUCUACUUCAGUGCAGGGUUGCUGGAAACCCGGUACCUCAGAUCAGGUAAGUUUUGGGUAUUCAUCUUUGAGUAAGUAUUCAUUGAUAUAUCUUUUGUAUGAUCUUCCAUUUCCUUUCACUUGACACUUUCCAUUUGGCACAUCUAUCAGUGGAUUGGUAGUAAAAAUACACAUAUACUCAACAGUUUUAUAUUCCAUUCUGUCAGGUUAGAAAGGAAACUUG